GUCUCCUCGGACCAGUUGCGCUGGCUAUCAUGGUAUAGGGGUUCCCGGUUUCAGCACUGAUAUCAAUCACCCAAGCCCUCGGCCUUCCCCUCCCGCUUCUUCAAGCCUGCACAUAGGCCAUUGGUCUUGACGAGCCAUCUGCGACGAGGCUGUCUGCUCGCUUCCCAGCUUCGAGAGGGAAUUGUCGUCAAGCUUGGGAUGGCGUCUGCGGCCGAACUUCGUCCUAGUCCCUUCCAGCUCGACCCUCCCCACCACCAGACUCUGCACAAAUCCAUUCCCAUCCUGCCCUCGUCUUCGACUUCGUCCAAAGCGACCCCGCCUCGAGACAUGAUGGACACCACGCCGUCUUCGGUGCCGUCCAUGGGUCCUCCCCUGCUGACCACUACCGCUCCCGAGAGGAUCGGAGCUGGCCAACAGACAAAUGGAGAUAAUAAGGAUAAGGAUACUGGGAGCGCAAGCAACGGCGCAUCGAUUCCGCCGUUGGGAGCCGCCGCUGCAGCACAGCAGCCCAAGGUCGUCCAAACGGCCUUCAUUCACAAGCUUUACAAUAUGCUCGAGGACCAAAGCAUUCAACAUCUUAUUUCCUGGUCCACGUCAGAGGAUAGUUUUGUCAUGUCCCCUUCGAGCGAGUUCUCCAAAGUUUUGUCAUCCUACUUCAAGCAUACCAACAUUUCCUCUUUUGUGCGACAGCUGAACAUGUAUGGUUUCCACAAGGUGAAUGAUGUCUUCCACACGGGUUCCCCAGACUGCCCACUGUGGGAGUUUAAGCAUGGCAACGGCAGCUUCAAGAGGGGGGAUUUGGCCGGCCUCAGGGAGAUCAAGCGACGCGCAUCCCGACAUGCCUUGAUCCACCGAGACUCCUUCUCGACGCCGAACAAAGCAUCUGCCGGACCGCCGGCUGGAGCGCCUGUCGAACCGAUGCCCGACCCCAUCGAAUCACGGCUGCAGGCGUUGGAGAAUAGCCUCUACGACAUGCACGCAAGAAUGCAGCGCUCCGAAGACAGCUGUGCCUAUCUCAAUCAAAGGAAUGCCCUCCUAAUGGACGGAAUGCUGAAGUGCCACCAGUGGAAUCACGAGCUCACGAAUUUCAUCAGGGCCAUGGUGCCAGACCCGGAGAAUCAGAUCCACAAGGACGUCUACGCCAUGCAGCGCGAAAUUGCCCAGCACACCGAGAGGCUGCGUGCCAUGGACGAACCUCAUGAGCCCCUCUCCGCCCGUCACUUCGCCCACGUCGACAGUAGCAGCAGCAAUGCGCCGCCCCUCUCCCCACGGCAGAUGCCCCUGGACGCCGUCCAUGAACAGCGUCGAGGCUCGCUGGCCGCCAUGUCCCGCCAGGCGCCCUUCCGACCUCCGAUGCCGCCGCGCAUCAAUCCGCCAGCAGCAGCAGGUCGCCGUUACGGCUCAAUUGGCACGGGUAAUUACUCGCCAUCUUCAUCCCGCAACCCGGCCACUCACCAGCCACCCCCACCCCCACCUCCGCCGCCGACGACGACCAUCCACCACCACCCGGGUGCAACGCUGGGAGCGAGUCUGGCAAAUAACGCUUCCCCGCCUUACAAUCUGUAUAGACGACAUACCUCGGCAGAUAUACGCACCCAUGGCUGGCAACCACAACCGCCGCCGCCUUCCCACUCCCACUCCCCCUAUGCCUCUGGCCACAACUCCACCCAAUGGCCCUCGUCACCCCAUCGGACGCCCAUCGGAGGCGGCGACCAGCAGCUCCGUGAUGCUUUGGAGCAGUACCGUCUCCCCCGCGCUCCCUACGCGCAGCAGUCGUCUCGUCACGGCACUCCGCCUCUGACGAGCGAUACCACGCCUUCCAACUUGAGUGCCGACAGCAGCUGGUCCCUUCUUCCUGGAGCGAGGUUUCCCUUCAAGGGCAUCGAUACGCCUGGCCCGCCUACGAGGCGCUCGAGCAUGGCCUCGAAUGUGCAUUCGCUGCUGAAUCCGGCUGAGACGGCUGAGCGGGCGGACGAGGACGAUCCGGAUGAGGCGAGGAAGAGGAAGAGGUUGCAGUGAGGUGGUGGAGAGAGCUGAUUUCGAAUCUCUCCUCCUUCAUCUUUGACUGCCGGUGUCGUCCCAUGAAUGUGGGGACUAGACUGUCCUCACCUACUACUACUCUCGGGUCGAGUAGCUCCGGCGCUCCGUUUUCAGGACCCAUCCAGGAAACGACCACUUGCGUCUGCUUCUUCUUCAGACUAUUGCCGAUCCGCCGAGACGGUUCACGGUCACAUGCAAUGUCUACAGCUCUGCCCAGGUUAUUCUCUCACGGCAACUUAGCAUUCAGCAUAGAUUGCCCGAGUGGGGAAAAGAGAACGCAGAAACGCCAUAUCACGAAACUGCUUACACGCGUCGCUACAGUCUUUGGCCCAACAGCCACAGUUUCAGCAACAACAGCUUGCAAACGUACCGCUUCACCAGUUUUGGACUUGCAUAACUUGCAUA